CAACAACAACAGCAGCAGCAGUAACGGCAAUAACACAGGAAACGGAGUCGGGAUCGGGAACAAUAAUGGGUCGGCACAGUCCGAAGGACAGGACCUGACGAGGGCCGAGAUACAUCAGUCGCUCGAGAGCCUGAAGAAGCUGGUCAUCGCGGCAGAGUCCUACAGGGAGCUGACAGCCAAGUUGGCAAAGACGACCAAGCAGCUGGGCAAGUGCUUUAAGGAGUUUGGAGACUCCAAGGGCAUGGAUAACACUUAUGUCAUGUGUCUCAAGUCCUCUGCGAACUUUUACGAGUCCUUCUCGGAAAUGGAGAGCAAGCUGGCUAGUAGUCUUCAAAAGGAUUUUGAGCUGCUGCAGAGCAAUUGGGAAAAACAUUCCAAGCGCGUAACGAAAGACGAGAGGGCGCACGACGAGAUUCUGGGGGACCUAGAUGAGAGGAUCAAAAAGAUUAGCUUGAGUUAUGACAAAAAGUCCAAGAAACCGGAUCCUAACACCAUGCUCAUGUCGCACGAGAAAUAUAUUUCGACACUGUCUGAACUACAGGACUCAAUUGCGACCGCGAAACGGGACCAUCGGAACACGAUGGCGCGACGGGAGCGAUACACACACUCGAUGACCGCCCAGAUCGCCUGUCGACUUUCGGAGGCACAAUUCCUGGCGGUCGAACGACAGCUCCGUGGAUGCGGACCCAGUUUGUUGAAGAUCAAAGAAUGGGCACCCUAUGCCGGCCACGAUAUGCCAGCACCGACCCUGAUCACAAACGGAGAACCGACCAUUGAGAUCAAGGGAGGAACUUGGGAGGAGUAUAGUGCCAGACAUGCGCCUAAUCCUGGUCAGCAACAGAACGUCCCUGGUGCCUAUCAGGGCCCCAAGGCUGAACUUGGCGGCGGAGUAGGGGGCGCGACACAGUCCGGCGGUUCUUCGGCUCCUGUCUACACAUUGACAGAAAUGCCUCAGAUCACACUCCCGCCCUUUGCACCCAUGCAGCAGCACCUUCAACAACAGCAACAGCAGCAGCAGCAACAACCGCUUCCGACACCCGUACCCCUACCGGUGCCGCCACCAAGACUGACCUCCCCCCCGGGUUCGUCUACGCCAUCGACCUAUCUUCCCAAUAACAUGCCGGAUCCAAAAGCCUAUAUCCAGCAAUCUCAACGCCAACAGCAACAGCAAAUUAGUCCGGGUUCGUUAACAAAGACCGGCGGAAUCACUUCGACGCCUUUGCCUUUGCCAACUCCACGACCGAAUAUUACCACUAUGCCGACCACCAUGCGACUAGAGAGGCCAUCAUCGAUGACGGCGACGAUGAUGCAGGGCUCGGGUCCGAUUGUGGGUUACAAGAGCUUGCCAGACCCCAAGGCUCAGGUCAGAUCAACUACCAUACCUGCUAUGGGGCAGGAUAGGAGGACCAGUGGUGGGGUAGGACCCGGAAUGGCAGCUGGAGGAGUCGGAGGGCUGAGAAAGAGUGCGUCGAGUGAUUCGAUUCAAUUCCUGACCGUCUCUCCUGUAUCCACCCCGGGAGCCUUUCCGGAAAUGAAAACGCAGGGCGGAGGGAGAGAGAAUUCGGCUGCGGAUCACUUGAAACGCCAAGAUGGGACCAAUGAGUCCACGACUGCAACGACCGCGGGGGCGGGGACGGGAACAGGGAAUGGAGAGGGGAGUUUCCCAGAAGACCAACGAUCUAUGAGCAUCAAAACCGGCACGACCAACAGUAGUAUCGACGGCGGCUCGACUCGUACGGUCCCGAAGCUUUCAAAGGAUUACUAUGAACAAGAACAAAGGCAUUCACAUCUCCAGAGGCGUGUCGAGCACGACGACGAAGAUGAUGAAGAUGCGGAUGGAGAGGACGAGGAGAGGUAUCGGAAUGGGAAAUAUGACCUGGAAAGAUAUGGGUACCCGGACGACGAUGACACCGGAGCACAUUCCCGCGAGGAACGGGAUCAGUUCGAUGACCACAUGUACUCACCUUCAUCGGGGGACCAACUGUCGUUUUAUGAUGAUGGGGAUGAAGGCCACCCGGGGAGGAUGCUAAUCUCGUCGCGGAGAUUUUAUGAUGACGAUGAGUCCCAGCAUUCUUCGGGGUCGAUCCCUACAAUCCUCCGUGAACGUGAGAGGGAGCGAGAGUACUAUUUGGCACGCACAUCGGCCCCACGCUACGAUGACGAGCGCGAGUACGAGCAACGAUCUUACACGCAGCAACAACAGCAACAGCAGAGGAGUUACUCCUCCACAGCCCCUACACGGCAAUACCUUCAGCACCUCACCCACCCAGAUUCUGAUCAAGACCGCGAGAGGGAAUGGUCUGCCUCUGCGGCGGCUAUGGCGGCAGCACAGGAUGAAUCCGCGAGCAUGAGUGGUUAUGCCCGCGAGCAGUACCCGGCCCAGAGGGAUUACACGCCCGCACGCCCAACACUCGAAGACCGAGAGCGGGAGCUUGAACUCAUGCAGGGUCAGGGACAGCAUCUCCAGAAGCCGACCUCUAUGGGUCCUCUUAGUGGCGGUAAUUCCGGUGCUGAUGGUGCAGGAGCAGAGCAGGGGCAAGGACCGGUUAGACCGGCGUAUGGGCGACGUCCUGCCACGGCCCCGGGGACCGUCGCACAUUUGAGGAGACGGUUCUCGGACCAGAACAUUGCCGAAUCUCUACCCCCUCCACCGCUUUCGCCCACACAAAGUUCACGUCCACGCGGACUGAGCGGCUCCGCCGCAAAUGCCCAGCAACAGCAACAGCAACAAGACGCCCUGAAUCGUGAUCGGGAUCGGGACACACGCUACCCACCUCGAGUCUCAACCCCACAGAGCCGCUUGGUCGCCGCGCACGCAUACCGCUCCGAACGCGUGAUCUCCAGUACAGGAAUGAACGGCAAGGCAGGAGCAGGAGCUGGAAUGAGCCAAAAUGGACAGUAUAAUGGUACUGCAGGGCAUAUGUCCGAUUAUGAAGACACCAGUCCUGGAAGGACAUCUGCCCAGGUUGGGGACCAGCGUGCUCGUCGGAGAUGAAGACCUACCGUGCCUUGAUGGCAUCUUGUACACCCUGCAGAAGACAUUACUUUGGCCAUAGUAUUUAUUAUCAAUAUGAAUAGGACGCGAUUGCUCAAAUAAUACCAUAGAAAAAAGAAAAGAAAAAAAAAAAAAAAAA